ACCUGCCCCAUCAUUUGGGACUCCGAAGACACUGCAAGAUCUUUUUGCCUCUCCCUUGGUCUCUGGCGGACUGUGUGGGGUGUGCAGAGUAGCUUACUCCUUGGGUUGCAGGUUGCUUCAGUGGCUCCAGCCGGCUCACAGAAACGGUGACUUCAACUUGAGCGAGAAUUCUCCAUUGGCUUCUCAAUUCCCAUGGACUUUUCUUCUGAAAAGGAUUACAAGGCGAGCCUGCAGUUGCUUUGGCAACAAACUUCCAACCUCUACUUAACUCUCUGGAAUGAGAGCAUACCUAUUAAUACACUCGAUAGACUGGGGAGUGUAAAUUUUCUUCCAAGUGCAAAACAGCUUACAGGACUCAGCUGGCCAUUGGCGGCGCUGCGCUGAGAAGCUAGCACAGCCGGGAGCAGCAGAUGCAGGAACCUGUAGGCAGGAAAGUGAAAGUAUAUCCUAUCCGCAACAGGUGGCUGCUGCAGAGAGUGAGCUUUUAAGAACGGAUGGCAGUGGCGCGCAGAAGACUCUUGCAGAGCAGGCAAGUGGAGUCUCUUCUCCUUUUUCUGUGCAUUUCUGUGGGGGGUGCGGCGACCAUCCGCUACUCGGUGGCGGAGGAGAUGGAGAGUGGUUCGUUUGUGGCGAAUGUGGCUAAGGACCUGGGGCUGGAGGUAGGGAAGCUGGCUGCGCGCGGGGCGCGGUUGGUUUCCGAGGGCGACAAACUGCACUUCCGGCUCCACCGCAAGACGGGCGAUCUGUUCGUGAAGGAGAAACUGGAUCGCGAGUCGCUUUGUGGCAAAGCUGACCCGUGCGUUCUGCACUUUGAAAUAGUCCUGGUGGAGCCCCUGCAGUCCUUCCGUGCCGAGGUCAGGGUAUUUGACAUCAACGACAAUGCCCCGAUUUUCCCAAACAAGGAGCCUCUAUUAAAGAUUCCGGAGAGCACCCCCCUGGGCUCCCGUUUUCCUCUGCAGAGCGCGCAGGAUCUGGACGUGGGCCUCAACGGUCUCCAAAACUACACCUUGAGCGCCAACGCUUAUUUCCACUUGCACACCCGCUUCCGUAGCCACGGACCCAAAUACGCAGAGCUGGUACUGGAUAAACCCCUGGACAGAGAAGAGCAGCCUGAAAUCAACCUGACAAUCACGGCGGUGGAUGGUGGGUCCCCGCCCAAGUCUGGCACCGCCCACAUCCGCGUGAAGGUCCUGGACGUCAAUGACCACGUGCCCCAGUUCUCCCGACUGGUGUACCGCACUCAGGUGCCCGAAAACAGCGCCAACGGUUCUUUGGUGGCCACGGUGACUGCCACGGACCUAGACGAGGGCUCCAACAAGAAGAUAACGUACUCUUUAGCUCAAAACCCAGAAGCAGUUCUCCAGACAUUUCAGGUUGACUCUGAAACUGGAGAGGUUCGACUGAGAGGGCCCCUAGAUUUUGAAGCCAUUGAAACCUACGACAUUGACAUUCAAGCUACCGAUGGAGGAGGCCUCUCUGCGCACAGCAAAGUCCUGGUGGAAGUGGUGGAUGUGAACGACAACCCCCCUGAAGUGACUGUCUCCUCUGUGUCCAGCCCUCUCCCCGAGGACUCCCCACUACAAACUGUAGUGGCUCUUUUUUCUAUCCGAGACCGGGACAUUCGAGUGGGAGGAAAAAUCACCUGCUUCCUCAGAGAAGACCUUCCCUUUGCAAUCAAACCUACAUUCCGGAAUGCUUACUCGCUGGUCACUGACAGAGGCUUGGAUCGGGAGGAGGUCUCCGGCUACAACGUCACUAUUGUGGCCAUGGAUACCGGACCGCCCAAUCUGUCCACAGAGACUGUGAUAGAGGUGCUAAUAUCUGACAUUAACGACAGUCCCCCAGUGUUUCAGGAAGACUCCUACAUCUUGACUGUUCGGGAAAACAACAGCCCUGCAGUUUUUAUUGGCAAGGUCCAUGCUGAGGAUUUAGAUUUGGGCGAGAAUGCCCAAGUAACAUAUUCUCUGCUGCCUCCAAAAAGCGGAGAUUUAUCAGUCUUCGCUUACAUCUCCAUAAAUUCAGACAAUGGGAAGCUCUAUGCACUGAGAACCAUGGAUUAUGAGGCCAUUCAAGAUUUUCAGUUUGUGAUAAAGGCAACUGAUGGUGGCUUCCCCUCACUGAGUAGCCAGGUUACUGUCCGAGUGGUUGUCCUGGAUGACAAUGACAACCGCCCAAUGAUCUUGUACCCAUUGCAGAAUGGCACCUUGCCUUGCAAUGACCUAGUACCCAGGUCUGCAGAGGCAGGCUACCUGGUGACUAAGGUGGUGGCUGUGGAUGGUGACUCAGGUCAGAACUCUUGGCUUUCGUAUCAUCUACUUAAGGCCAGUGACUCUGGGUUAUUCUCUGUUCAACAACAAAAUGGGGAGAUCCGUACAUUGCGGCAGAUAUCUGAGAGAGACCCCAUGAUGCAGAAACUGAUCAUUCUUGUUCAGGAUCAUGGCCAACCAGCUCUUUCCACUACUGCUUCACUCAACAUCCUGCUGGUAGAUGGCUUUUCUGAGCCCUAUCUGCAGUUCCGGGGUCCAUCCAAGCAUCCUGCAAGGGUAAAUCCAACUACUAGAUAUUUAGUCAUUUCUCUGGCUGUACUUUCCUUUCUCUUUCUCUUCUCUGUCACAGUGAUCUCCAUUAUACACAUCUACCAGAAAAUUAAAUAUAGAGAAAAGAUCACCAUUCAAGAGCAUUUCUAUGAUGACUGUAAUUUCCCUAACCACCUGGUACAAGGAAGAGCCAAUGGAUCUUUAUCCCAGGCUUGUGCCUAUGAAAUGUGCUCAGCUACUGGCACCAGCACCAGUGAGUUCCGGUUUCUUAAGCGCUUUAUGCCCAACUUCCCCUUUCCCCAGGGCAAUGGAGAGGUAAAAACAGGGGCUGGUUCCAGUUUACCACCUGAUUCUGAUAGAAAUAGGUCUCCGGGGUCAGAGGGUCAUGCCCGAGUACCUGAUGACUUCAUGUAACUCAUGUUCAUGCGCUAUAUGUAGCCGUCAUUCAUGUCUCCCUUGGAAGUCCAUUAGUGCUGGUCCUGGAAAUGCUUAGUUCCAUAGAGGUAUCCUUUUACUUUGCCUUUAAAUUAUUUUCUAGUAGAAAGAUAUACAUACACAAGAGAGAAAACUAGCUUCUAGUUUUGAUAUAGUAUCAGAAAGCAAUUAGGUUUGAGAAAUGCAGUUUAUUAUUAUUCAGAAAUUUCUAGAUUUUUGUCCCUUGUGAGUGGGACAUCACCCCAAUAAAUUUAAUUUAAAAAAGAAAAGAAAAAGAAAAAAUUAAGUUAGAUGUAGAUUUCUUAAUGGUUGUUUGGAGCCUUAGGCAAGUCCCAAAUCUCUCUUUAUGCACAGAUAUCUACGUGACUCCUUAUCGCAGAGCAGUUAUUUGAAUGUAGGGAAUGAAAGGUGGAUGACAAAAUAAUAAAUUAGGCUUAUUGUAGUUAAUGACUGUUAUUGAACAACUACAAAAUAAAAAGAUAUUAGAGGAAAGAGAAUUCAUUAAUACCAAUUAAGUAGCCUUAAGAAAAUAAUACACUU